CAAGUCGCAACAAACAAUCGAAGUAAGAAAAUCAAUCAAAAAUUCUAAGAGGCUCCCUUAGGCAAGUCUCUUACUAAAUUUAGCGCAAAAAAGGCCCCAUCUUUCAGCGCCACACAGAAACAGAGUCAUUUAGUCGUUACACACAGAACAGAGAUCUGAGAAGACGAAGAAGAAGAAGAAGACGAAGCAGAAGAAGAAACACACACACAUAUAUAUAUAUACACAUUAAUUUAUUAAUGUCUCGAGCUCAAAACCAUGAGUUUCAAGAAUGGUGGAACAAGCAGAGACAGAGCAACCACGACCUCCUCCUCUCCAACGAAUCAAGCCACCUGCUCGCCAUCGAUAUCCACAGCCCCGGGCCCGAUCGGACGGUCGGGAAAGACCGCUCACGAAGCGCCCGCCAGCUGUCCUGGGUCUACCUCCUCAAGUUUCAGCAAAUCGCCGCCUCCCUCUCCUCCGUGACCAGCUCCUUCCUCGUCCUCCUCCGCACAGCGAAUCGCCGAGUCACCUCGCCCGAUUCCCCCGCCGAUUCGUCAUCGUCGCGCCUCUACCGCGUCAUCAAGGCUUUUCUGAUCGUCGUGCUCCUGCUGCUCUGCUUCGAGCUCGUGGCCUACUUCAAGGGGUGGCAUUUCAGUCCGCCAUCGGUGAGAUCAGCCGAGUUCGUGGAGCUUCUCUACGCCAAUUGGCUCCACGUUCGGGUCAAUUACUUGGCGCCGCCAUUGCAGAGCUUCGCCAAUCUCUGCAUCGUGCUCUUUCUGAUUCAGUCUGUUGAUCGCAUUGCUUUGGUGUUCGGAUGCUUCUGGAUCAAGUUUCGGAGAGUCAAGCCCAAGGCGGUCAUGGAGUACCCAAUGACGUCGUCGUCGAAUCAGGACGAGGAGGGGAACAGUACUGAGGAUGUGAAUGUGGAGGAUUAUCCCAUGGUGUUGUUGCAGAUCCCUAUGUGCAAUGAGAGGGAGGUGUACCAUCAGUCGAUUGCUGCGGUUUGUAUUCAGGACUGGCCAAAGGAGAGAAUGCUUGUGCAGGUUUUGGAUGAUUCCGAUGAUAUAGAGGUUCAACAGCUUAUCAAGGCGGAAGUAAGCAAGUGGCAACAACGGGGUGUCCCCAUAUUGUACAGACAUCGGCUUAUGCGCACAGGGUAUAAGGCAGGGAAUCUGAAAUCUGCUAUGAGCUGCGAUUAUGUUAAGAAUUAUGAGUUUGUGGCCAUCUUUGAUGCAGAUUUUCAGCCGGGACCUGAGUUCUUGAAGAAAACCAUUCCUUAUUUCAAGGGGAAUGAUGAUCUAGGAUUGGUCCAGACAAGGUGGUCUUUUGUAAACAAGGAUGAGAACUUGCUUACCAGACUGCAGAAUAUAAACUUGUCCUUCCACUUUGAAGUUGAACAACAGGUCAAUGGGGUGUUUAUCAACUUCUUUGGGUUUAACGGUACAGCUGGUGUGUGGAGGAUUAAGGCCCUUGAGGAAUGUGGUGGUUGGUUGGAACGAACGACUGUUGAAGACAUGGAUGUUGCUGUUCGUGCUCAUCUUUGUGGAUGGAAGUUCAUAUAUCUGAAUGAUGUCAAGUGCCUUUGUGAACUUCCAGAGUCCUACGGGGCAUACAAGAAACAGCAACAUCGCUGGCAUUCUGGUCCAAUGCAGUUAUUCCGUGUGUGUUUCUUUGACAUACUCCGUUCAAAGGUGAGUUUGACCAAGAAAGCAAAUUUGAUAUUUCUCUUCUUCCUCCUUCGGAAGCUUAUUCUGCCAUUUUAUUCGUUCACUCUCUUUUGCAUCAUUCUUCCCUUGACCAUGUUCCUACCAGAAGCUCAGCUACCAGCAUGGGUUGUUUGUUAUGUCCCUGGAAUUAUGUCUGUCUUGAAUAUUCUUCCUGCACCACGCUCAUUCCCAUUUAUCGUCCCCUACCUUCUUUUCGAGAAUACCAUGUCAGUGACCAAAUUUAAUGCCAUGAUAUCAGGAUUGUUUCAGUUUGGAACUUCUUAUGAGUGGAUAGUUACAAAGAAACUGGGAAGGUCAUCAGAGACAGAUUUAGUUGCUUUUGAAAGGGAGUCUGAGCCGCUAGUGCAAACUACUGGUCUUCAAAGGUCCGCCUCAGAAUCAGGCCUUGAUGAGCUGACCAAACUAGAGACAUCUAAGAAAACUGGGAAGAGGAGGAGAAAUCGAUUAUAUAGGAAGGAACUUGUAAUUGCCUUUGUAUUGUUGGCUGCUUCAGCAAGAAGCUUGCUGUCUGCCCAAGGAAUUCACUUCUACUUCCUACUAUUUCAAGGGAUCACCUUUCUAGUUGUUGGCCUUGAUUUGAUAGGAGAGCAGGUGAGCUGACCUCCUCCGAGUAAUGCUUUCAAGUGGUGUUGAGUGCUUUCCCAGAAUGUACCAUGGGGCGGGUACUUUGAUCAGAGCUUUGAAAUCCAUAUCGGCGCGCCGAUGACAAAGCUGUAACCGUCAGUUCCCUGCUAUUUUCGAUAGUCGACUCCCCUGAUAGAAGCAAUUUCAUUGUGCUCGGCACGAAUCUGUAGACGGUAACUAGACUCUCUCAAUCCAAAACUGUAUGUAUCAUUGUUGGUGCCAAGCCACAGUUCUUGAAGUUUGUCUCAUUGAUUUAGAUAUGGGAAAGGGGCCCUAAAGAUUAGUUUGUAGGAAUGGAUCCAAUUUUCCAGUCCCAUCUGUUUGUCUGGUAUAAAAUACCAAUGUACAAUUGGUUGCCUGUGCCAAAGGCUGGCGUCGUUAGAUCUUCACAUUUGUUAUUCUUUAUUUUUGCUAUUAA